GCACCUCCCAUUCCCGACUUAGCAGGCAGUGAUGGCGUCUCUAACUCUGGCGCGUAGUCUGCGCACAUGCGCCCGGCGGUCGGCGUCGCUCUCGACACGCACCUUUGCGUCCGCCCCAGCUCCCGAUGCUCAGGCCAAAUUCUCCGUCGUGGAUCAUCCCGUGACAGCCGAUGCUAUUAAGCCUGAGGACUAUUUCGCCGUCGUCAAGCUGGCCGGCACGCAGUACAAAGUGACGCAGGGAGACGUCGUGAUUACCGAAAAAAUUAAGGAAGCGAAGGUCGGCGAGAUCAUGGACAUCGACGAGGUUUUGCUAUUGGGCAAUGUGAACCAGACGAUUGUGGGACUACCUCUGGUCGAGGGCGCUAAGGUGCGUGCGCGCGUUGAGGAACAAACGCUGGACGCCAAGAUCGACAUUUUCAAGAAGAAGCGUCGAAAGAACUACCGUCGUUGGAACGGCUUCCGUCGCCAGGUCACUGUGCUGCGUGUCACGGAUAUUGUCCCCGUCGACGCGUAAAAGUAGACAGGUGUAGGCAACCAGGCAGACAAAACAGGGGCUUUGCUUUG